AUGGGCUCCAUCCCCCCCUCAACCCUCCCCGUCCUCAUCGUGGGCGCCGGCCCCGUCGGUCUAGCCCUAGCGCUCGACCUCGGCCGGCGCGGCGUGCGCACCACCAUCGUCGAGCGCGGCCCGCCCACCGGCACCGGAGAGCUCCUCGCCAAGGCCAGCGUCAUCAACGAGCGCACCAUGGAGUUCUGUCGGCUCCAGGGCAUCCGCGACGAGGUCGCACACUCCGGGUUCCCCGAGGACCUGCCCGGGGACACCGUGUUCUGCACCGGGUUUGGUCCCGGGGGCAAGCUGAUCGGGCAGCUGCCGAUGCCGUCGGCUGAGACCCGCGAGUUGCCGGAGCAGUGCUGCGAGAUGCUGCAGCGGUGUCCGCAGUUUUUGUUUGAUCCCAUCUUUGCUAAGGCUGUCGCUCGGCAGGGCAUGACGGAUGUGCGGUACGGCGUGGAGCUUUUGAAGUGCGAGGAGGACACGACCGGGGUAACCUGCUUUCUGAAGAAGCGGUCCCAGACUAAAGACCACGAACAAGUCCGCGCGCAGUACGUAGUAGCCUGCGACGGCGCCGGUAGCGUCGUCCGCAAAGCCCUCGGCAUCCCCUUCGAAGGCAAAGACCUCGGCUACACCCUCAGCGUGAUCGUCAAAGUCGACCUCGCCAAAUACCACACCUUCCCCGCCGGCGAGCGGUACCUCUUCAUCGGACCGGAAAGCACCUGGGCCAACUUCACCACCCUCGACGGCCGCCUGCUCUGGCGCUUCACCGUCGUCGGCUCCGGCCAGAAACUCCCCGACCCAGCCGCAUUCGACAUGCACGCCGUACUCCGCCGCGCCCUCGGCCGUGACGAUGCCGAGUACGAGCUCAUGCGCGUGCUGCAGUGGCGUCGCAGCCAGUUCACCGCCGCGCGCUACCACUCAGGCGGAAAAUCCCCCGCCCGCAUCUUUCUCGCCGGCGACGCCGCCCACACCAUGUCCCCGACCGGCGGGCACGGCCUCAACACCGGCAUCGGCGACAUCUCCGACCUAAGCUGGAUGCUCGCUGCGCAACUCGCCGGCUGGGGCGGUCCACGCCUCGCUGACGCUUACGAAGCCGAGCGCCGGCCCAUCGCGCUGCGCAACGGCGCCGGUUCCACCAAGAACUUUGCUCUCUGGACCGACCGCGUCGGUCGGGACAAGCUGCUGGAGGAUACCCCCGAGGGCGCGGCGCAGCGGAAGGCGCUGGGGGAGCGGAUGGCGGGGAAUAUGCGGCAGGAGUUUCAGGCGCUGGGGCUGGCGUUGGGGUAUAGUUAUGCGGGGGCUGGUUCGUUUGCUGCUGGUGCUGCUGUUGCUGGUAGUCACCCGGGGGUGUCGCUGAUUGUGCCGGAUGGGAGUGGAGCGCCGCCGGAUGAGCCGGAUGUGUAUGUGCAGACGGCGCGGCCGGGACAUCGGGCGCCGCAUGUGUGGUUGGAGGAUGGGCGAUCGACGCUGGAUCUCUUUGGGGGUGAUUUUGUAUUGUUGAGGUUGGGCGAUGACUCGGAUGAUGUUGGUGAUGGUUAUGAGAGAGUGGUGAUGGCGGCUAAGAAGGUGGGGAUGCCGGUUGAGGUGGUGCGGAUCGAUAACAAGAAGGUUGCGGAGUUGUAUGAGCGGCGGCUGGUGCUGGUGCGGCCUGAUGGGAUGGUUGCGUGGCGUGGAGAUGUGGUGCCGGAAGAUGUUGAGCGAAUCGUUGAUGUUGUGAGGGGGGCGUAG